AUGCCCAUUGAUCUUUCUCUUUACCUUGUGACCAACUCAACCCCUGGUAUCCUGGGUGCAAGAGAUUUAUUCUCUGUUGUGGAGAAUGCCAUUAAAGGGGGGGUCACCAUUGUUCAGUAUAGAGAUAAGCAUGCAGACACAGGAAGACUUAUUGAAACUGCAACCAAGCUUCACGACAUUACCAAAAAGCAUAAUGUGCCAUUGAUCAUCAAUGACCGGGUUGACGUGGCUCUAGCCAUCGGUGCUGAAGGUGUUCAUCUCGGACAAGAUGACAUGAGCAUCGAAGACGCGCGGAAAUUACUUCCAAAAAAUACCAUAAUAGGCGCGACGGUGUGCUCGCUCGAGGAGACACAAACUGCCCUUCAUGGAGGUGCAGACUACCUUGGAAUCGGCACUGUCUUUGCCACGCCAACCAAAACUAACACUAAGUCUAUUAUUGGAACAGCUGGUGUCAGGAAUAUUUUGGAGUAUUUAUCUCGUUUACCCCGAAAGAUUGGAACUGUCGCCAUUGGAGGUAUCAAUUUGCGCAAUGUCCAGCGAGUCAUAUACCAAUCUCAAGCUCUAAUGAAGGGUCUCGAUGGUGUGGCUGUUGUAAGCGCUAUCAUCGCAUCAUCUGACCCUUAUAAAGCUGCUAUUGCUUUUAAGAAGGUGGUUGUGAAAAGUCCACACUUUGCCACAAUCCCCCCGGAGCCGCGCGAAGAUGAAAUCGGUUAUCUAUUGGACAACGCGGUCAAAAUGGUACAUAAAGUUGCAGUUCAAACUCCACUAUGCCACAGCAUGAUAAAUUAUGUCGUUGCUAAUUUCGCUGCCAAUAUUGCUUUACAAAUGUAA